ACCCUAACAUUUGAAAAAAUUGUAAAAAGUGCCAUCUCACUUUCUAUUCACACUUUUAGCAUAGAUAAUAUAGAUAUGGGAUUGCUAGUGUGGUUAGGACACGCCUCAUCACAUUUUCGCUUCCCAUACUACACCAGAUUUUGUUAAAAUCAGAAUAUCCUUGUAUAAAGAUAAGAAAUUUUUGUUGCAGAGAGCUUUGUUAAGCUGUGACAAAUUAAAUGGCUCUAGAUGCUUCAGUGUUGCUUCUGUUUCUACUUCUUCUCCUACCUCUGCUAUGUUUCAUGAAAAAGAAGCCAAAAGUAGAUUGUGUACAGAAGAAGAACCUCCCACCAGCUCCCCCAAAGCUUCCAAUAAUUGGAAACUUGCACCAGCUUGGAGCUUUGCCUCACCAGUCUUUAUGUAAACUUGCCAAAAAAUAUGGCCCUGUAAUGUUUCUUCAACUGGGAAGUGUACCAACUCUCAUAAUCUCCUCUGCAGAGGCUGCAAGAGUCGUAUUAAAGACCAACGAUCUCAAUUCUUGUAGCAGACCUCCAUUGGCAGGUGCUAGAAUACUCACUUACAAUUAUCUAGACUUAGCUUUUGUAGCUUAUGGUGAUUAUUGGAGAGAGAUGAGGAAAAUCUGUGUUUCUGAGCUUUUCAGUGCGAAAAAAGUUCUGUCAUAUCGGUCUAUUAGGGAAGAACAAGUUGAUUCUCUUAUCAAUUCCAUAUCUGAGUUAUCUGAAUCAUCUUCUUCUAGUACUCCUGUUAAUCUUACUGAGAAGCUCUUUUCCCUCACUGCUAGUGUGAUUUUGAGGAUUGCUUUUGGAACAAGUUUCCAAGGGAGUGGUUUCGACCGCUAUAGAUUUCAUGAAGUUGUUCAUGAUGCUGAGGCCAUGUUAGCAAGCUUUUCAGCUACUCAGUUUAUUCCUUAUGUGGGAUGGAUUAUAGACAGGCUAUCUGGUUUACAUCAAAGAUUGGGAAGAACUUUCAAAGAGUUGGAUCGAUUUUUUCAACAUGUAAUUGAUAAUCAUCUCAGUUCUGGAAGAACACAGCAAGAUCAUGAGGAUAUUAUUGACGUUCUGCUGAAAUUUGUGAAAGAGCAAACUGGCUUUGCAGCUGCUACGAUCUCUCAUGAAAAUAUAAAAGCGGUCCUCCUGAAUGUGUUUUUAGGUGGAGUAGAUACUGGAGCAAUUACUAUGAUUUGGGCAAUGGCAGAGUUGGCUAAGAACCCAAAACUGAUGAAGAAAGCACAAGAUGAAGUUAGAGAUUGCAUUGGAAACAAAGGGAAAGUUGGUGAAACUGAUAUUGAUCAGCUUCAAUACCUCAAGAUGAUAGUGAAAGAGACUCUAAGAUUGCAUCCACCGGCUGCUUUCCUUCUUCCAAGAGAAACUAUUUCUCACUUCAAAGUCAAUGGUUAUGAAGUUUACCCAAAAACAACAAUCCAAAUCAAUGCUUGGGCAAUAGGACGAGACCCGGAAUAUUGGAAAAAUCCUGAAGAGUUUAUACCAGAAAGGUUCAAUGAUAGUCCUAUUGACUUCAAGGGACAACAUUUCGAGUUCUUGCCUUUCGGAUCGGGUCGAAGAAUCUGUCCUGGAAUAACCAUGGCAACUACUAUAGUGGAGCUUGGACUUGCAAAUCUGUUGUACUGGUUUGAUUGGAAGUUGCCUGAUGGGAUGAAAGAGGAAGAUAUAAAUAUGGAAGAGGAAGCUGGUAUUUCGCUUACCAUCUCUAAAAAAACUGCUCUCAACCUUGUCCCUGUCAAGUACUCUGAAGUACAACAGAAGAUAGCCUGAGUUCGGGGGAAACUUGUAAUUCAAGGAAAUAUCUUUUUACAUAUCUCAUGGUAUUUUGUUCGUAAUAAACAAUCUUAAUUCUGUUGCUUUGGUUAGCGGUUAAUCAAAACCCUUAAUAGCUCUUUUGGUAGUUUUUAUGUUUUUGGUCUUCUGUUUCUCUUAUGAAUCCCUGUCAUUGAAAAGUUAUAUAAUUUGUGAAAUGUACGAAUGGAUUACGUA